AUGUUCAGGAACGCUCUGCGGCAAUCCAGCCGCUCCGUUGCGGCUGUUUCGGCCACUGGCCGCAUCGCCUCGGUCCGCGCGGCUGCUGCCGGCCCCGUUGCCGGUGCCUCCAAGGUCCGCUCCUAUGCCUCCGAGGCUAAGGCUACCCCUACCGAAGUCUCCUCCAUCCUUGAGCAGCGUAUUCGUGGUGUUCACGAGGAGGCUGGUCUUGCCGAGACUGGUCGUGUCCUGUCGGUCGGGUUCGCCUCCGGUGUUAAGGGUAUGUGCAUGAACCUCGAGGCUGGCCAGGUCGGUGUCGUCCUGUUCGGUUCCGACCGUCUCGUCCAGGAGGGUGAGACCGUCAAGCGUACUGGCGAGAUUGUUGAUGUUCCCGUCGGCCCUGAGCUGCUCGGCCGUGUUGUCGACGCUCUUGGUAACCCCAUUGAUGGCAAGGGUCCCCUCAACGCCAAGGCUAAGAGCCGUGCUCAGCUCAAGGCCCCCGGCAUUCUGCCCCGUCAGUCUGUCAACCAGCCCGUACAGACCGGUCUUAAGUGUGUCGACUCUAUGGUCCCCAUCGGCCGUGGACAGCGUGAGUUGAUCAUUGGUGAUCGCCAGACCGGUAAGACUGCCGUUGCUCUGGACACCAUCCUCAACCAGAAGCGUUGGAACUCCUCCCCCGAUGAGGCUGAGAAGCUUUACUGCAUCUACGUCGCCGUCGGUCAGAAGCGUUCCACCGUCGCUCAGCUCGUCAAGACUCUUGAGGAGAACGACGCCAUGAAGUACUCCAUUGUCGUUGCCGCCACCGCUUCCGAGGCCGCUCCCCUGCAGUACCUUGCUCCCUUCACUGGUACCGCCAUGGGUGAGUGGUUCCGUGACAACGGCCGCCACGCCGUCAUCAUCUUCGACGAUCUGUCCAAGCAGGCCGUUGCCUACCGUCAGAUGUCUCUGCUGCUCCGCCGUCCCCCCGGACGUGAGGCCUACCCCGGUGACGUUUUCUACCUGCACUCUCGUCUCCUCGAGCGUGCCGCCAAGAUGAACAAGACCCACGGUGCUGGUUCCUUGACUGCCCUGCCCAUCAUUGAGACCCAGGGUGGUGACGUGUCUGCUUACAUUCCCACCAACGUCAUUUCCAUCACUGACGGCCAGAUCUUCCUUGAGUCCGAGCUGUUCUACAAGGGUAUCCGUCCCGCUAUUAACGUCGGUCUGUCCGUGUCCCGUGUCGGUUCCGCUGCCCAGGUCAAGGCCAUGAAGCAGGUCGCCGGUUCCCUGAAGCUGUUCUUGGCUCAGUACCGUGAGGUCGCUGCCUUCGCCCAGUUCGGUUCCGAUCUUGAUGCCUCCACUAAGCAGACCCUUGCCCGUGGUGAGCGUCUGACUGAGCUGCUCAAGCAGAAGCAGUACUCCCCCAUGGCCGUUCCCGACAUGGUUCCCCUCAUCUUCGCCGGUGUUAACGGUCUCCUCGACAACAUCCCCGUCGCCAAGAUCCUCACCUGGGAGGCUGACUUCCUCUCUCACCUGAAGACCAACGUUCCCGAGAUCCAGCAGGCUAUUGAGAAGGACGGCCAGGUCACCAAGGAGACCGAAGCCAAGCUGAAGGAGACCACUGUUGCCUUCAACAAGUCUUUCUCCGCAUAG